CCCGUGCGAGGAGUGCCGCGGUAAUUGGCUGGAUGUGGUACUUGGAGAUGUUGAGCUGGCUCCUUCCCCCCAUGUCCCUGCACACGCACAGGGGCGGGUGGUGCGGGCGGGAGCGGGAGGCAGGGCUCGGCGGCGGCGGUGGCGGUGGCGGCGGUGGCGGGGCUCCCCCCACUCGCUGCCUGCCCGCCGCCGUGCCCGAGCCCCUGCAGCUGCUGGGCUGCUGCCUGCGGCCGCAGGACCCGGCCGAGCCGGGCCGAGGGGAGCGCGGGCGGCUGCUGGCGGCGGCCGAGAUGAUGGCGGAGGGCGGCGGCGGGCCGGCGCGCAGGAAGGCGCUGUCGCUGCUGGAGGCCGCCCGCUCCCGCUACGAGAGCCUGCAGAUCUCCGACGACGUCUUCGGGGAGUCGGGCCAGGACAGCAGCGGCAACCCCUUCUACAGCACCUCGGCCGACUCCCGCUCCGCAGCCUCCUCCCAGGACGAUGAGGACGACGAGGAGGAGGAGGAGGAGGAAGGCGAGGGGCGCCCGGAGGGGCCGGCCCAGCGGGGCAGGGCGGCCCGGCGCCGCGCACCCAGGCCGGCGGAGCGGCGGCGGCAGCGGCAGGCCGGCGGCGGCGGAGGGGGGGUGAUGCCGGGCGGCCCCGGCCCCAUGGAGGAGGAGGAGGAGGAGGAGGAGGAGGAGGAAGGCGCCGAGAAGGGGGGCUGGACGCGGUCGCUGCGAGACGUGCCGCCCCCCCGCUUCAAGGACGGCAGCGGUCCAACACGAAAAAUGCCCUUGACUGCCAGUGCCAUGGACUUUUUUCAACUCUUUGUCCCUGACAACGUGCUAAAGAACAUGGUGGUCCAAACCAACAUGUAUGCCAAGAAGUACCAGGAGAGGUUCGGUAGUGACGAUACCUGGAUUGAUGUCACCUUGACAGAAAUGAAGGCCUUCUUAGGCUAUAUGAUAUCGACCAGCAUCCACCACUGUGAGUCCGUUCUCAGCAUCUGGAGCAGUGGCUUCUACAGCAACAAGAGCAUUGCACUUAUCAUGACACAAUCACGAUUUGAAAAGAUCCUGAAGUACUUCCACAUUGUGGCCUUCCGCUCAAGCCAGACAACGCAUGGCCUCUACAAAAUCCAGCCUUUCCUGGACUCUCUGCAGAAUGGCUUUGACUCUGCUUUUAGACCUUCACAAGCCCAGGUACUACAUGAGCCCCUGAUUGAUGAGGAUCCUGUUUUCAUUGCCACGUGCACAGAGAGGGAGCUGCGCAAGAGGAAAAAGAGGAAAUUCAGCCUCUGGGUUCGGCAGUGCUCAUCCACUGGUUUUAUCUGCCAGAUUUAUGUCCAUCUCAAAGAAGGGAGUGGUGCUGACGGGCUGGAUGCUUUGAAGAACAAACCGCAGCUGCACAGUAUGGUGGCCAAAAGCCUUUGUCAGAACGCCUCUGGGAAGAACUACAUCAUCUUCACUGGCCCAAGCAUUACCAGCCUCAGUCUCUUUGAAGAAUUUGAGAAGCAAGCGAUUUACUGCUGUGGGUUGCUGAGCACCAGGAAGAGUGACUGCACAGGCCUACCUCCAUCCAUGCUGAACAACCCUGACACUCCCCCGUCCAGAGGACAGUACAGAAUAAGAAUGAAGGGAAACAUGUCCUUGAUCUGCUGGUACAAUAAAGGGCACUUCCGUUUUCUGACUAACGCCUAUUCACCGGUUCAACAAGGAGUUAUAAUUAAGAGAAAAAGUGGAGAAAUUCCAUGCCCUUUGGCUGUUGAAGCAUUUGCUGCUCACCUUAGCUAUAUCUGCAAAUACGACGACAAAUACAGCAAGUAUUUCAUUUCUCACAAACCAAACAAGACCUGGCAACAAGUAUUCUGGUUUGCCAUCAGCAUCGCUAUAAACAAUGCCUACAUCCUCUACAAAAUGUCAGAGGCCUACCACGUGACAAGGUAUAGCCGUGCACAGUUUGGUGAAAGACUUGUAAAGGAGCUCCUGGGCUUGGAAGACACCUCACCCUCCCAUUGAUGCAAUGUUCUUGGUGGCAUAGGCAGGGGGUGGAAGGUAAGCAGAAGAAGAUACCACACCUGGAACAGCAAAGCAAGGAACUUCUGACACCACCAGUGCUGUCCUUAUCCAAAAAUGCCAAGUGAUGCCACUAGAGAGGUGGAAACUUUGUUCCUAGUAGCAGCUGGAUGUAAACAUGUUCUACAGAAAGUGCCACAAGAAAAGCUGACAAAAAAUUGCAUAAGUGAAUGCCCCGUGGGUAUCUGUACACCAGAAACGGACUGAAAUUAGUUAUCUCUCAAUACUAUUUGUUGAACAGGGUCAUCUUGUAAAGUCCCUCUUGGGCUAAGAGCUUGUCAUAAGCUGAGAUAGCUCAGCAGUCCCAGGUGGGCAUUGCAAAAAACUUUAUACACCUUACUUGGAGUUACUCAAUUCUGGGACAAGUAAUGUAAGUGUGCACCAUGGGCUGUGGUUGAGAGUGCCUACCACCUUGUAGGGAAUCAGUGCUGUCCUCACAGUGUGCUAAAAGAAGCAGUUCAGAGACACGAACACUUAAGCAAGUAUAUUGACAAACAAAACCUUUAAGGCAGGCAGCCAGGAACUGAGAACUGGUUAAAACUUUUUCUUUCCUUUUUUUUUUUUAAAAAAAACAAAAACACAUAAGGCAAUUUGAUCCCAGUUAGAACACAGCAAGAUUAGAAGAAACCAAAUACAUUAGUGAAUUUAAAAUGGAAAAACAUAACAUUGAUUUUUGUAAAAAAACAGGAUUAAAUGAAACAUUUUAUACACAGCCAGAGAGUGAAGUAAUGCUGCCUCACAUCAUAACUGUCACGGUCAGUAUACAGAUCAAAAAUGAGAGUAUAACAAUUAUAUUUUUUUUUAUUUCAACUGUAUCUUACGUGUUGCUUAAAAUUCUAAUAUAAUGGGCUCACGUUUUUUAGGAAAAACAAUUUGUUUCUUUUCCUUUUGUAAGUCCAUUUUAGAACUUCAUUUGGCACACAGUUUGCAGGAAAAAAAAAUAAUUCACUAAUAGCAGCGUGUUUUGCAUCAUCACUGCGGGAUGUUCUGUAAGCAUUCUUCUUACGAGAAUGCCGGGCUUGCCACAAUAGUUGUAAUUAAGCAGAUUACAUGUUUAGCAAAAUAACAUAGCAUUGUGUUUUCAAAAAGAAAGAAGUCCGAUUGCAACCAGAUGUUAAACCUAACUAAAACAGAGCAAGCUCAAAGGGUUCACCUGUUCUGAGUAGCACUGUAGAGGAUGAGCAUCAUCGUGAGCUGGUGCCUCUGGCUGAACCACUCUGGUUUGGUGUUGGUGGAAUCCGAAGGCCACUGGAGUCUUGGAAAGCCUUGGAGAGAGAGAGGGGAGUGUGACCAAAACAGGAGAGAAUUAAUAUGGAAGUGAAAUACUGCCCUGCCCUCUACACGUUAUUGAUUUCAAUCUACAACUCAAUCAACAAAAAACCCUCUGUAUUCUAAAGGUUAGCAGUGAUGGAAACAAACUGAAUAGCAUUAACUUACAGGGCACAACCACGUUGCUUAAAGGACCAGCUGGUUUUAGGUCCCCAAGCCUGGCAUUUUCCGGAAGGUGUUACCAAAGAAUGACUUGGGCUGAUUUAAGAGGAAUGGAGCAAUUGAUUUAUUUCUUUAUCAGUCUAUAACUCCACAGGUUAUAUGUUUCUGUCUGGAGAGAGACGACAGAGUACCCUCUGAACUCUCCAAAUUUCACUCUUAUGGUUAUCAGAGAUGCCAAGGCACUGUGCAAAUGCAAAGCCUGUAAAUCAUCACAGAAGAGUCCACCAGGGGCAUGUAAAUUACUGACUAGCCCAAAGAGCAUUCUUGCACUGACAGAUUUCUAUUUCCACCAAAGUCUUAUUUUUCGGCGUAGACUUCGGCAGAUCUCACCUGGUUGCAGGGAAAGCAAGGGGACAGCCAGGUCCAUGGUGGUUCUGCUUGCAGUACAGCCUGGUGACUGCCCCGCACAGCCUGCCCUGCCUGCCAGCCACACAGCGAGCAGCAGAGCGGUGCCAGCAGGUUCCCCCUUCACCUCUCAGUCCACAAGGUCUCCACCCAGGAGACGAGCAUGGGGAAGGACACAACCUUGUGCACUGGAGGCCUCCUAGACUCAAGAGGAAGGAGAGGGUUUGUACUGCUCUAGUCCUCGGCAGUGCCAGGCUACGUAGGAGACCAAGGAUGAGUUCAAAUCUUGUCCCAGCAGGAACUGAGGCCACCCCUCCCAGACUGAACGUGUGGCAUGGCUGCUUCUUGUCAGGCUUCUAAAUAUUCAGGAAUAUUUAGAGGGAAUAAAGGGGGGAGAGAGGCUAGCAUGAGGCCUGAAAAACAAAAGUUCAGCAAACGUCCAAGUUUCCAUUUCUUAGGAAACUCCACAGAGGUACCCGAAGACAAAUGGUGUUCUUACUCUUAGCUCAGCCAAUGCCAGACUUCAUUACAACAAGAAGAGUAGCUACAACUUCAUUAAGCCCUGCAAGUUUAUUGACUGGUCAGAGUUAGGGCAGCAAGGAAAGGUCUGGCAAGAACUGUGCUGGGCUGACAACUUGAACGAAGAGUAGCUGCUGGGAGCCCAGCCUCCUUGCAUUGAACCCCCGCAAAGCCAGAGCAUUUGCAAGAUGCAGGUGCCCCCAGCAGAGAUGGAGAGGCCCGUAUGACCUCCUAGGAGCCACUUUGUGCCUCUGAGGAGUAAGCACAGCACUCUCCAGCUACAUCAUGGCCCCUCGAGCUAGAUCUGGCGCCCUUUGCAAGUUGUUACAUUACUGCGUAUGCGCAGAGGCCUGGAUCUAUACCUUCCUGUUCAGAAAAUGCCUUUUCAGUUUCAGGUGUCAGUAGGUCCACGGCCUUGGAAUGUUUAAUUUUUCCACUAACUUGUGUUUUUAAUUAUGUGGAUUACUUGAGCUAAAAUGACGAGGUCCUAGCUUUUUGCCUCAGGGACUGGGUCCUGAGUAGUUUUCCCUAGAAUUGGAGUUGAUGGGGGAUUACACAGUGGCUGACUAUUACAGGGAAGAUGCUUUAGUCUCCUUUGUAAAGGAGAAAUGUUAAGACAAAAUUAUAGCUUUGCAAUGAAUUUCAUUUUCUUAGCCUUAACCAUCCCUCAUCAUUUUGAACUGGUGCCCUAAACAUGCGCAAACAUUCCAUAAAUAAGCAAAAAUAUUUAUAUAUAUUUAUAUGUACGAAAUACCUGAAUUUGGGCUCUGAAACCCACCAAAGCUUAGUCUAUAUCCACAGAUAACUGUUCAACUUUAUCUUCUCCAACUGUUGACUUGGAGUGGAUAGGGUUGAGGAAAGUUAGGAUUUUUCCGUGUUGAAAAAGCGUCUUGCACUUUCUCUAAGUUCCUACAAACAAGGCAAAGUAAUUAAGGAAGAAAUUUCAUCAUUUUAGAAAAGCAAAGGUUUAUUAACUGCAGCUCAGAUUCUGUAGCAUUUCCUUUCCUGCAAACUGGCUUACUCAGAUGUAGUUCCCCACCUGCUUGGAACACUAAAGUUUCUCCCUAGUUAAAGGAAAAGAAGGAAUUUAGUCUCAAAGUAGCGCGAGGAUGCUAGUUAUAGUGUGUGCGUGUGUGUUAACUGUGCAAUGAGUUGAGAUGUGAUGUCAAGUUUUUUUGGUUUCAUUUCGUUUUUUUGUAUCCUUGAGACAAUCUGGGUAAGAGAUCUUAAAGCUCAACAGUAGUUAAAAGACAAUGGAAAUGCCAAACAGGAACUUUUCUAAAUUUUUCCGGGGGAAAAAUAAGAGUUUGAAGCUGAAAUAGACAUGGGAUCGGGAUGGCUCAUGUCUCUCUUGAUGAACUGAAUUUUCCUUCACGCAUACUUCUGAAAACAGUUUAUUUGUGGUAUGCAAACUUUGUUUCAGAGAACUGAGACCAUCAGUGAGACAUACUGACCACCUUCUAUGCACAGGACUUCUUUCAAGAAAUGUCUGUCCUCCCACAAGCUGUUCUUGGAAAGCAUUUCUUCUCCUAGUGUGUAAUAUAACACUCACAAGAGCUUAGAAGCCACUGUGAAAUGGUUUCCACUGCUGAUGUCUUAGCUGAAAAAAGCUUCAAGGGCUUGCAGAAACUCUGCCACUUUUUACUUCAGCCCGUUUGUGCACUCGACACUAGGGCACAAUUUAAAAACAUCUUUUCUCUGUUUUCCGUUUCUUUUCUCUAGCCCCGGCCCAUCUUCAUUUGCAAGGUAGUCUGAGUAUACCUAUUUAAAGACGUCCCAAUGUCGCUAAUGGAUACAACUUUGUUUUCUUCAGACAAUUCCUAGAGAAAAAUGAAUUUAGCUGUUUCCAGACUGACAUUACAAACAGCAACUCAAAACAGCAUUCCCAUUGGUGAAUGAACCAAUUCAAUGAAGACCUUCAGCUACACUUAAGUGGCUUUUUUUUUUUCCUGAAGAGAUCUUAUUUUUCUUCUACCAUUUAUUUAGUAGUCUGUCUUGAGCUGAUUGUUGGUGAAGGGGGCCUCCGAUGGCUCAAUCUUACAUGUCUUAGCAUCCACUAGUCCUGUGGCUGAUUGCAGUGAUGAGUCGGGGUUUAUGCUGCACUGGUAAUUCUGCAUGUCUGCCUCUUUCCAUGCAAGGACUGGAAAGUGCUCUUAACAACAUCGGUAAUCAUCAGCUGUCAUUAUCCCUUCAGAUAGGAGCUUCCACUUCCAUAAUCGGACACUGAGGCACAGCACAGGUGAUGAAAUUGUAAAGUGGCGUUUGCAGUCUUGCUGAUUAAGUCCAUGUUCUGCAUUUUCUUGUUCAAAUGCACUUUUCCAAAUUUGAGAUGAAAGCACGACAGACAUCAUCCUGCUCUUCAGCAGGGGCUGUAGGACUUUGUCAGCACAGGUUCUUUGCUCCACAUAGGCCAGCGUGAGUCAAAACCAAGGUGUCCCAAAGGUAAGACAAAACCAAAUAAAACAGCAGCCCAACCUGCCUGGAGGAGCUUAGAGGAGAUACACAGAGAAUCUGAAGCUGUGCUAUACUCCAAUCAUCAAUGUGAAAUCCAGACAAAUAAUUACUCAGACUAUGUGAAGUCUUCCAUCCAUCUCUGUAGUGGAGUUUGCCAUGGCACUUCCUCGUUACUGUGACUGAUGUGAAAUUAGUUAUUUGUAAAACAAGAGCUCAUGUCAGUCUGGUUGAGAAAAACGUGCAAGCAGCAAAGGAAUGUCAGCAGUGAUGUGAAAGGCGAGGAACUCCAAGUUCAAUACACUUGUGUACUUGGCCUGUCAUUAACUAGGGUACUUUGCACGGACAGAUCACGUCAUCAUCUGCUCAAAUGCAAGCCUACCACCAGUGCUACUUGGUAUAUAUUCCUUCUUGUAAAGGCUCUUCCCAAACCUACCUUUCUUUCCACAAGCAUUAUGAACUCAAACUGGAAAAAACCCUGCAUAAGCAUCUCAGUGCUGGGAGAACAGCUGAGAAUAUCCGUGCUUUUUGUACAAAAAAGGGUCUCUUCCUCUCCUCUCGAGAGCCUUUUCUUUCUCUUCAGAAAUCUAGCCCUGAAGAGCUUCCCUGUCCUAUGCUUUGCUUCCCUCGUUCCUUGCACUGGGAGCACGCCCAGCCAAAUCAUCCCACUAGUUCUCGGUCAGUCUGGAAGAGGGAAGAGGUGACAACACAGAGCUGGCCUUUCUGUUUGCUUUUAUAGUAUUACUUUGCUGAUCCUUCCUGCUAUCUGGCACAUCGCCGAUGAAACAGGGUAUUGUUUCUGAAGCCUAUACUAAUUGCAGUCACUGUGACGGUGUUGCCCGCUUUGCCCCAUUAAUGCUAACCCCAUCGGGUUCGUGUGGGCCCAAGGCAGAUAUCAGCAUCACCCUCCCGCUGCUCCCACUGGAAUGGCUGAAACGUUCCUCAGCUCUGCAUCGCUGUCAAAGAGAGGGGACUUGGAUUUCAUUUGGGGGGCUGGGGAGUUGUGGUUUUGGUUUUUUUUUUUAAACCCUUCACACACUCACCACUCUGAUGGGUCUGGUGAGCAGCUGUUAGGUAUCACAAAAAGGCCUUAAGUGGUAAAUCCCUUUUGUGUCACUCUUCUGAAGUAAUAACUGCUAGCAUUAGAUGUCAAGGUGGUCCACACAAUGUCUAGUGCAAAAGUUUUAUCCAUCAAAAAACAUCACUCUGCAAUUCUGAAUUUCAAACAGAGCACUUAACUUCACUAGCUACCAAAAAGCCUAGAAGCAGUAAAGCAAAGCCCUGUAUGCUAGGUUCAUCUGUCCAGAACCCCGACCCACUUGGCGUCAAAGUAACUUUGUGGUCUCGUGCUCCAACUAAUGUGUGUCAAGGUGUGUGCAAAAUCUGAGUGCUGAACAAUUCACACCUCUCUAUGAAACCAAGUUACUCAUUUGAUGGAAAGCAUAUUACAGGUCUUAGACUUACUUUUGCAACCUGGACUUCACCUUUAUUUAAAAGCCAAAUCGUUGCCUGGCAUUUCAAUACAGAAAUUAAAAAUAACUUUACCCCAUGUUCUGGGUUAAGAUUGGAGACAACAAAACUAAGAUUUAUGCCAGAGAUCGAUCCACUAUAUGUGAGGCUAAUUGGUACAGUCUGAUAAAUGAGGAUUUUUAAGGGGGAUCAGCACAUUGGAAGAGGCAGAGAGAAGCGGAGAGGUUGGGCAUGCAGAGGGAGAGGAGCCCAAUGAUCCCUUCCAACUUAUCUUUCCAGCAUGCGCACUCCCCCUCCCCUGCUGCCUUUGAAUAAAAAAUAAAAGGCUGCUGUUUAACACAACCACUCCGCAGAGCUGCUUUUGCUGCAUAAGCCCUGCUGUAGCUCCAUCACUGGCCUCACUCCACACCUUUGCGCACGCUGUACAGGUGCGGUAGCUGCAGACUGGGGAGUCAAAGCUCUGCUGCGCAUCAGCACAGCGAGGGAGUGGGUCUCAAGUGCCACAGGAGAGAGAAAUGGAAUCUUCCCAUCCAUGUUUUGUUGUAAUUAAUCAUCAAAAAUGUGCAACUGACAUUCCAUCAAAUGCAGUGACUGCACCAAACAAGAAGAUUGGCCUUAGCUGUCGGAGUGCUUGCAAAACGAAUCCAAUGGGCUGUGCUCACAUCAGCGACUGCAGUUCUGUUGCAAGUUCCAUAUUCUUUAAAAUUCUAGAGAUUUCUGUUGAAAAUGUAAAUUCCAGAGGUAAAGCAUAAACUGCAAUUGCUUUUUUCUUCUUUUUCCUUUUUUUUUUUUUUGAACUUCUCAGAGCAAUUUUGUAACAGCCAAGUCUUUCAGGAAAUGCAGGUGUGUGACCUCUUCACACAGAGAUCUACACACCUGUAUUUCUGCAUGGGACAGGGAACUACUUUUGUGACACCAGUUUUGUUCUACACAAAGGCACGCUUGCAAUAAAUUUUUACAAGUUUUGUACACCAUGAGCUAAAUUCUGAGUUCCAAAAAUGUGAAGUGUGGCAACAAUAACAAAAUGGAUUUAUAGUAUCACUCUGAUAUCUUGUCAUGUGAUUUUAUUUCUUCAACAAAGUUUGUUUACAAUCAACAACUUUGAAAUACAGUCAGAUAUAUUA